CACAAAACACUUCGAUUAUUGGUAUAAUCUUGGAAUCCCCGAAGUACCUCCAAUAAUUUUUACAGGUUCAAAAGGCUUAGAUUUCAGAACUCCAAUGGGAAAAUUAGAUCAAAAAUGGUACGAAAAAUACGGCAAAAUUUUUGGUAUUUAUGAAGGUUUUACUCCAGUUCUUAUGAUAGCAGAACCAAAGUGGAUAAGGAAUAUUUUAGUUAAAGAUUUUCAAUACUUUGUGGAUUUAAGAACCCCUCUAUUUGUCGAUCCUAUUAUAGAUAGGAUGCUUUAUGUACAAACUGGUAAAAAAUGGAGACAAAUGAGAGUGUUGAUAACUCCUACUUUUACUUUUAGUAAAAUAAAAAUGAUGACCAAUUUAAUUAUUGAAUGCGCCCAAACUUUAGCAGAGAAUUUGUUUGAAGUUGCUGAAGAAAUGAUAGAAGUCGACAUUGAAAAAUACUUCGGUGCAUAUUUUAUAGAUGUUAUUGCUAAAUGUGCCUUUGGUAUUACAUUAGAUUCGCAAAAGGAUCCAAAUAAUCCUUUUGUGAAAGCUGCCAGAAAUACUAUAAAUCCUGGUCCAUGGAAAGUUUAUUUAUCAAUUUUCUUUCCCAAUUUGACUAAAUUCCUUCGUUUAUCUGUUUUUGCUCGUUCUACAACACGACUUUUUAAGAAAUUGCUCGAAGAAGCAAUAGACAAAAGGAAGAAAAUGAAAGAUGAAGAAAAACCAAAUGAUAUUCUACAGUCGCUACUGGAAAUACGAAUUAAUGAUAUUAUUGCAAAAAAGUUCGAAAAGAAAGAUAUAAUGGCCCAGUGCAUGAUGUUUUUCGUCAAAGGUUAUAUGUCAACAAAUGCUACAUUUACAUUUUUAGCUCAUGAACUUGCUAAACAUCCAGACAUUCAAGAGAAACUUAUAAAGGAAAUUGAUGAAACUUUUAAGGAUAAAAAAGAAAUAAAUUAUGAUUCGAUUGUUGGAAUGAAUUAUCUUGACGCAGUUUUUCAGGAAACGUUGAGAUUAUACACCCCUUUACCGAGAUUGGAAAGAACAUUGACAAAAGAGUAUAUGUUUGAAAAUACUGGAGUAAAAAUACCGACACAUACAAUUGUAGCAAUUCCAACAUAUGCUAUACAUCACGAUCCACAAUACUUUCCUGAUUCAGAUAAAUUUAUUCCUGAGAGGUUUUUAUCCGAAAAUAAACAGACCCUCUAUCCCUAUACUAAUUUACCUUUUGGAGCAGGACAAAGAUAUUGCUUAGGUAUGAGAUUAGCUACUCUUGAAAUUAAAAUUGCUUUGAUAAAAACACUCCAACGUGUCAGGUUUAGAAGAGGAGCUAACACAAAGGAUCAACCGGAGUUCGAUAAAAACAAGAGGCUCCAUUAUCCCAAAAACGUGUUUCUUAAUUUUGAUGUAAGAGAAGAUAAAUUAAUUACUUAAUAAAAUUCUUGUCUGUCAACGAAAAUUGUAAUCAGGAUUAGAAAUUAUUCAUUUGAUGUUUAUUUAUUUUUAAAUUGUGUAUGUAAUAAGUUAUAAGUUAUAAAA